AUGGCACGUGACUUCUACAAUAUACUCGGUGUAUCAAGAGAUGCUAACGAUGAUGCAAUCAAGAAAGCAUAUAGAAAACUCGCUAUGAAAUGGCAUCCAGAUAAAAAUCCAAACAAUCAAGCCGAAGCACAAGCAAAGUUUCAAGAGAUAUCAGAAGCAUAUAAUGUAUUAAGUGAUCCACAAAAGCGUAAGAUCUACGAUCAAUACGGUGAAGAAGGUCUCAAAGUUGGUGGAAAUCCAAACCCAGGUCCACAAUUUGAUUCCAACAACUUUGGAAGAGCUGGUCCACAUACUCAAUAUUAUACAUUCAACUCUGAUGAUGCUGAGAAAAUCUUCAGACAAUUCUUCGGUCCAGGUGGCUUCGGAUUCGGAUCAUUUGGCGACAAUGAUGAUGUUUUCGGAUCAAUGUUCGGCAACGCCCAGAGACAAGCAGGUCGUCAAUCAAGCGGUCCACAGUACCAAAGAUUUACAUCUGGAAAUAAUGGCUUCCCAGGAGCACAUUUCCAGCAAUUUACAGAAGCUCCAGAAGCAAAUGAUGGUCUAUUCCAAGGCAGAGGCCAUCGUAUCGGUUCGUUAGACCCUAACUCAAAUGAUUUCUCAAGAUUUUACACUUUCAGAGACAAAGCUGAUACAAAACAGAAGAAAUCACAAUCACCAAUGAUUGUCGAUGUAAACUGCACACUUGAACAGCUUUAUUCCGGUUGCACAAAGAAAUUAAGAGUUACAAGAGAUAUUAACGGCAAAAACGAUGCCAAGCUUUUCCAGAUCGAUGUGAAACCAGGUUGGAAGGAAGGAACAAAGAUCACUUAUGAUGGUGAAGGUGAUAUUAAGCCAGGCUACAAACCACAAAAUCUAGUCUUCGUAAUUAAAGAGAAACAACAUCCAUUGUUCAAACGCGAAGCUGAUGAUUUGAUCUACGAACAGACAAUUCCAUUGAAACAAGCACUUGCAGGAACAAGAAUUGACAUUACAGGUGUUGAUGAAAAGUCAAUUAACUUAAGCUUCAACGAAGUCAUUUCUCCAGGAUUCUCAAAGAGAAUUCCAGGCCUCGGAAUGCCAAGAAAGGCUGGAGGAAGAGGUGAUUUGGUUGUGAAAUUCAACGUUGAGUUCCCUAAGUACUUGUCUCAGGAACAGAAAGAUGCUAUGGUAAGAUAUCUUCCAAACUAA